GUCCAAACCAUGAAUUACGUGGGACAGUUAGCAGGGCAAGUGUUUGUAACUGUGAAGGAGCUCUAUAAGGGACUAAACCCAGCCACAUUGUCGGGAUGUAUAGAUAUAAUUGUUGUACGUCAGCCAGAUGGAAAUCUUCAGUGUUCCCCUUUCCACGUACGCUUUGGGAAAAUGGGAGUUCUGCGUUCUAGGGAGAAAGUGGUUGACAUAGAAAUUAAUGGAGAGGCUGUAGAUUUGCACAUGAAACUAGGAGACAAUGGAGAGGCCUUUUUUGUGCAGGAGAUGGAUAAUGAUCAGGAGGUAAUUCCUUAUCAUCUCUCCACAUCUCCCAUUCUGUCUGAGGGAGCUGCUUUAAUGGAAGCUCAGCUGAAGAGGAACUCCAUAGACAGGAUAAGAAACCUGGACACCAGUGCAUCCUCACAAGUACCACCUCAAGCCCAUGGAUCCCAGCCUUCUCCUGAAACAUCUCCAGUCUGUAGCUCUGUGAAAAAAAGGAGGAAAAAGAGGAGGAAGUCUACCCAUAAAAUAGACAGCUUAAAAAGAGAAGACAAUGGAGACACAUCAGAAGAUGAAGACAUGUUUCCUAUAGAGAUUAGCUCAGAGGAAGAAAAAGAACCAUUGGACAAUUCAAGGAUCCCUGUUCCAGAUGUGUUUGUUGAUGACGUAUCUGACAUAAAGGCUCCUGCAGUUUCUACAUUUUCUCAGUCUGCAUCUUACCCUCAUUCAGAUGGAGAAUGGUCACCUCUUCAAAGUAAGCCUAUAGAUUGCACAGGGCAAUCCUCUCUUCUCACUGUUCCAGCAGACGGAGGCCUAUCUAACUCUUGUCCUCAACAAUCUUCUCACUUUUCUCCUCCAGACAGCCCAUCAGGUUCACGCCCUCCUACUCCUCAAAGUGACUCAGAAUUAGUCAGUAAACCUGUGGACAGAAGUGGACUGAAGAAUAAUCCCCACAUGCACUGGGCAUGGGGAGAGCUACCCCAGGCUGCAAAGGCCAGUUCUCUGCUCAAAGCAAAGGAACCCGGUGUGGUGGAUGUAAAUCCUUCUGAAAGCACUCACUUUCGGGUCAUCCAGAGUUCUCCUAUAGAGGAGUUUAACACUGUGUCUCCUCUACCUGCCCUUGGACAAGCAGAUGCAGCAACUGCUGAUGAAAGUGAGCCCUUACCAGCUGAGACAAAUAAGCCAGAGGUAGAGUCUCCGGGAGCAGCUGUACCACCAUUGCCUGCCAAUGAAGAAAUAAAACAAGCUGCAACUUGCUCAGCCCAACCGGCUGGCAAGACAGAUUCCCCUUGCAGAAAGAAAGACAAACGAAGCCGGCAUCUUGGUGCUGAUGGUGUCUAUUUAGAUGACCUCACUGACAUGGAUCCAGAAGUUGCUGCACUUUAUUUCCCCAAGAAUGGGGAUAAUGUCCAAAGCAAGAACACGAACGACACGGGGCCGCGGUCUGCCAGCCAGUCUCCGCAGUCUGUCGGGAGCUCAGGUGUUGACAGUGGAGUUGAAAGCACCUCAGAUGGAAUUCGAGAUUUGCCCUCCAUUGCCAUUUCUCUCUGCGGAGGCCUUACUGAUAACAAAGAAAUAACCAAAGAAGAAUUCUUAGAACAUGCAGUAACAUAUCAGCAGUUUGUGGACAAUCCUGCUAUCAUCGACGACCCUAACCUUGUGGUUAAGAUUGGAAAUAAGUACUACAACUGGACGACAGCUGGUCCUCUUCUGCUGGCAAUGCAGGCAUUCCAGAAACCUUUGCCAAAGGCCACUGUGGAAUCUAUAAUGAGGGACAAGAUGCCCAAAAAAGGUGGAAGGUGGUGGUUUUCAUGGCGAGGGAGGAACAGCACUAUUAAAGAGGAAACAAAGCCAGAGCAAGGUAUGAGUGAGAGUGGACUUACAGGAGAAGACUCUUCACAGAUGAGCAUGGCAAACAGAAUGAAAGAUGAAUCUUCUUCUAGCGAUGAAGACCCUAGAGCUGCCAAACAAAACCUCGGGUUGUUACAAACCAACUCAAGUCAUCUCUCAUUAUUGUCUGGAAUCAGUUACAAAAAAACGCUUCGACUCACUUCUGACCAGCUUAAAAGCUUAAAGCUCAAGAAUGGCCCUAAUGAUGUGACCUUUAGUGUUACAACACAGUAUCAAGGCACUUGCCGCUGCGAAGGCACCAUUUACCUAUGGAAUUGGGAUGAUAAAGUUGUUAUUUCUGACAUUGAUGGAACAAUCACACGGUCAGAUACUUUAGGUCAUAUUUUGCCGACCCUUGGCAAAGACUGGACACACCAAGGGAUCGCAAAGUUGUACCAUAAAGUGAGCCAAAAUGGGUAUAAAUUUUUGUAUUGCUCAGCACGUGCUAUUGGAAUGGCAGACAUGACCAGAGGAUACUUGCACUGGGUCAAUGAACGAGGAACUGUGCUGCCUCAAGGGCCAGUGUUGCUGAGUCCAAGCAGCUUAUUCUCAGCUUUUCACAGGGAGGUGAUAGAAAAGAAGCCAGAAAAAUUUAAAGUUCAAUGUUUGACAGAUAUCAAGAAUUUGUUUUAUCCUAACACAGAACCCUUUUAUGCUGCUUUUGGAAACAGACCUGCUGAUGUUUAUUCAUACAAACAGGUGGGGGUUUCUUUAAACAGGAUAUUUACAGUUAACCCCAAAGGAGAACUUAUACAAGAGCAUGCAAAGACAAACAUCUCGUCCUAUGUCAGACUAUGUGAAGUGGUAGAUCACAUUUUCCCUUUGCUGAAAAGAAGCCAUUCUUCAGACUUCCCUUGUUCCGAUACCUACAGUCAGUUCACCUACUGGAGGGAACCUCUACCGCCUUUUGAAACUCAGGAUGUACAUCCAGCCUCAUCUUAACUGCAUCUCCAAACUGUUGGCCUCAGCUCAAAGAAAGAGUUAGCUUGUAUUGAAAGGACACCACUUGGCUUUUGCUGUUGACGGUUCAGCUGGAAUCUGUGAUGUUGUGAGCAUUGUAUUCUUUUGCUGUGAGCAAAUUUAGAAAUGCUUUUUCAUACGUAGUCACAUUUCCAGAUAACAAGAAGGAGUCUUACUAGGAAUAGGAGUUGCGUUUCUAGCUCUUCACCCAGCUCCUCAGAUUGUGCCAUACAGUUUCAUUAUUUAAGGUCAAAUAAAAGCGAAGUGACGUUGGAGUUGCAGUUAAACAUGCCAUAAGGUCAUAAAGUGGUUCUGUAUCUUUUCUGCAUCACUGAAGUCAUCUUUAAUCACAUCAGAACCCCCUGCAAGUAAGGGAGCUGAAGGUGCUCACCAUUCCUGACAUGGUCUGGUGACACGGACAGGGAUUGCGAUCCAUAUGUCAAAAUUCCUUUCUCUGAUUCUUCCUCUUUCCCCUUGCUUGACCAACAACUGUUUGUUUAAGAGUUAAUUACUGGUCUAGAUCCUCAGCUGUUGUAAAUCCCUGUAGCUAUCGAAGCCACUUGAGCUGUGUUGAUUUAUUCCAGCCUGUUGUUUUGACAUGGUAACACUUUUCUGAGGAAAUAAAUGAUGUGUAAUCUAAAUAGAAAGCAAAUGAAAUAAGAUGGCCAGAUUCUGGCAGUCUUUCUCAAUUAGCUAUUUGGAUUAAGGUAAGUGUGCAAGUGGAAGAUACAGGCUACUGUGCGUAGUGCCCAUCUUACUGAAGUCAGUCAUUUUCAGUAAAGACAUCUUACCCACAGAAUGUGCUAAGUUUCAAGGUUGUUACUGAGCCAAGAACACUGAGGAUUUUGUCAAAAUGGAAUAGUUUUAUUUGAAACAUUAUUUUGGCUAAAAUGUGAACUUUGAUGCUGGUGAAUGAUGCAUCUCAGGUUUUUACUGUAUGGAUUUUUUUUUUGGUUUUUUAUCAUAAAGAAUGGAUACUUUUAGUGCAAUUUACUCUUCUCCAAGAUAAUGAGAUCUUCUCUUUCAUCUUUUUUUUUCCCGUAUUUGUCCAGACACAAGCUGUAGAUACUGUUUUCGCUACCUGCUUUUGACAGCCUUAAGACUUAACUGUGUGUGCUAAAAGCAAUACUGCAGAUCAGUUGAUAAUAUUUUCCAAAUGGUCUGCCUUUACACAAUGCGGUACUUUACUUAAAAUGUAGACAUUGAGUGACCAUAUGCCAAAUGAUUCUCAAAUGUGCUUGUAGCUAGGAAAGAAACUUUUUUUUUUCUUUUAAAAUAUAUUUAAAAGCCUAAUUGUUCUCUGAAACAGUGAAAAUGGCAUCAUGGGAUUCCAUGUAUAUUGUAUUUCAGUAUGGCUAAAACAGUGGUUCACAAGCUGUGGUCUCUGCCAGCUUGUGAUCUGUGAGGCUAUGGUACAUGUUUUGCAGCUGCUUUGUAGUGUUUUCAGUUAAGAGUUUAAUAAUAGGAAGGCAGAGUGGUCCAGGAGAAAUUUUAAGACGUGAUUGUGGUUGGUUAGCACCCAAAAGUUUGGGAACAGCUGCCCUGUAUCACAUUUGUUCUGUUUCAACAAAUUCUGGUUUUGCGUGUCAAGAGUGGUAGCAAUGUAGGCAGGGUGGUAAUUCUAUAGUAGGGGUUUUCUAACUUUUAGUGCUGCAGACUUUGUCUGGGAUGUCAGGGGGCCAAUUUAUGAUUUCUCUGUGCCUUCGAUAGUAAUGAAUAUAAGUGCAAUCCUUUAUACAGCUGCAACGUGCAGUUGUGAGCCCUCCCUAAGUCUUCCUUUUCACAUGAACGUUGCUCCUUUGGGCAAGGUGCCUGCCCAAUUUGGAGAUAGCAGGAUUAGACAAACACAGAGAGGACGAAAUGCAUGUUUAACAACCCAGACUGAUUGUGCUCUCUUGAAAGUUUAAAGAAAAUGCAAAUAGCUUUUUACUUAAACGUGGAAGAAAUGUGGUAUGGAUUUUCUGAAAGACAAUCAGUGGGGAUUGCGGUUGCCAAAGUGAGAUGGUUGCAUCUCUAAAUAUGGCCACACUUUCCUUUAAGUGUCUAUUAAUAUUUGUCAUUAAUGAUUGAGUAAAUGGAUGAAUAUACUAACUGCAUCCUAUUUUAAUUCAGUUUUGGUAAAGGCCUAUUUCAAUCCAUUUAUUAUGCAAAAUAAAACCAAACCAACCUUUCUCUUCA